AUGAUGGGUAAGAGGUGCUGGCUUUCAUCAAUACUCGGCAACCUCCAUGACCACGAGAGGGUCAUGAAAGAGUACCAAGCUAUGAAAGAGGAGAUCAAGGCCAGGGCACUCAAGGAAGAUUGGGACUUACUAAUAAAGGAUUACAACGUUUGCAUUGUGUUUCUGCCGGUCUUGUCCAACUGCCGUCAACUUAGAGAGAAGUGGGUAGUCUUCAACAGGGGAGAAGGUGAUGACCUUCAGCAAGGGAAGAGCCUGCAGAAGACAAAGUAUGAGAAGCAGUCGUCAAGCUUCAAACACCGGUGUGAUGCCAGCCAAAGGCUCUCCGAUGCCUAA